AUGGCCAGCCAAGGAAGACAGCAAGGAGGAGAGCAAAUCUCCCUCGAUACCCUCACAGCCCCCCAACUCUCGGCCGUGAAAAAGCAACUCGAUGAAGAAGUCGAGCACCUCUCCCAAUCUUACGCCCAGCUCGCCGCCGCCCAGUCCAAGUUCAAGGAGUGCCUCCGGGUCGUCAAGUCCGGCUCCGAGACCUUUGACGAGAAAAAGCCCAUCCUCGUCCCCUUGACCAACUCCCUCUACGUCAAGGGCCGGAUGGCUGACCCGGACAAGGUCAUUGUUGAUGUCGGGACUGGGUUUUACGUCGAAAAGGACACCAAGAGCGCGGCAGAGUUUUAUGAGGCCAAGGUCAAGGAGUUGGCUGCGAAUAUUCAAGGACUGGAGGGCAUCGUGCAGGCCAAGACUCAGAAUUUGAGGCUGGUGGAGGAAGUUCUCAGACAAAAGGUCUUGGCUGCUGGACCAGCUGCUGGCCAGGCUGCUCAGGCGUCAUGA